GGUGAACUCACGAGCAUUGCGCCCCGGAGAGUCUGUUCUUUUGCUAUGGUGGAAGCCGGAACCGGAAGCUGAAGUAGCUCUUUAGAAGCCCGCCCCCAAGAUGGCGGCGCAAGAGAGGGAGGGGGGAAGGCCAUGCUCGAUCACGUGAUACUGGGGGGGCAGCUGCGGGGAAAAGCAAUUCAAACCCCACGCCCGAGGACUAUGGAGGCUGCCGCCCUGCAUGAACGAGCUUCCGGGCGCGAAGAGGAGGAGGAGGAUGACGAAGAGGAGGAGCAAUUGGUCAUGGUGGAAUUAUCCGGCAUUAUUGAUUCAGAGUUUUUAACAAGAUGUGGAAACAAAUGCAAGAUUUUGGGCAUUGACACAGAGAGACCUAUUCUUCAAGUGGACAGCUAUGUCUUUGCAGGGGAAUAUGAAGAUACUCUUGGGACCUGUGUUGUGUUUGAAGAAAAUACUGACCAAGUUGAUGCAGAAGGUAACCAUAAAACAGAGCUGAAAUACAAGUGUCACACAAUGAAGAAGCUCAGUAUGACAAGAACACUUCUGACUGAGAAGAAGGAGGGAGAAGAAAGCAUAGGUGGUGUAGAAUGGCUGCAGAUAAAGGACAAUGAUUUUUCAUACAGACCCAACAUGAUUUGUAGCUUUGCACAACAGAAGGAAGAUGAGGAAGUUGCAGCUCAAGCUCCAGACAAAACUUUGGAAAUGGAAGACCAGGAGUUGCAAGCCAAAGAGAACACGGGCAUGGGCAAUGAACUGGAAAAAUCAGAACAUUUAGAAAUGGAGGAUGCUGGUCCUCUUCUUGAUAGCCCUUCUUCUGAGACAGAAGAAGAUUCUACUUCUGUGGAAGCCCAGGAGCCUGCCUUAGAAGCCACUCCCAGGUGAUAUCAUUCCUGUAAGUUCUAGGCAUGGACAUAAUUAGAGUUCUGAUUUUGAAGAAUUGAGUGUAUAGCUUUUAGUUAUUCAUGGAUUCAUGACUUUUAGCCAUACACAGAUUAUAGCUGGAUAUAUUUGGAUAAGUCAGGACUGAGCAAUAACUAGAUAAUUCUUUUUUUUUUUUUUUUUUUUUUUAAUUCCUUCAGAUUCUCUAAAUUAGAGAUUUUGGCUAAAGUGGGUAUUUAUUGUAUGUAGAUGAAGGCAGGGGGACUUAAAGGAUUUCUGGGAGCUUCAGAAAAGGGAUCCUGAGCAAAACAUAAACUAUGUUUUCUGCCCUUUCCUCUAAGAGGAUAACCAGGAAAUUCUAGUAGUUACUAGAGAGUGCUAUUUGGUUUUGCUAAUUAACAAAGGCAUUUUGUUCUGUACCAAGGAUUGGCCUUUUUUCCAAAUAUGGAAAUCUCUUCUAUAUUGUCAGUGUAAUUCCCAUCCUUCACCUCCUCUCAAUUUCCCCACUUCCCUCAAGUUAAUUUUAGAGAGUUGUGAGGGGCCUUCAGAGGUUAAGUGAUUUGCCUAGGAUUCACAUAAGUGGUAUAUCCGGCAAGAACCUGGGAUUUCCAGACUCUGUCUUCUGUAUCUUGAUUCUGUUCUAUCUUGAAAUGAUGAGCAGAAAUUUAAUUUUCUUAUUCUAUAACAUUUGGCUUAUAUACCUUAUUCUUGUAGUGUAGGGAAUUAUAGAGGAUCAUUUUGUAAUGUUGUUUAACAAACCAUUCCAGAUUAGCAAAAGUUAGGUAAGUGAGAUGGUAAUUAAUUCAUUUGCAUGAAAAUGGUGUAAUAAGUACCUUGAAGACCAUGGAUGCAUUUUAUCUUGUUUAUAAUAAUGCUUGGUAUAUAAUAAAGUCUUAUUUUUCAGAAACUU